AUGAACCGCUACCACCUGUCUUCUGUCACCAGACCAAUGUCCAGCGAUCAAUGUCUGCCCAAAACCUGCAGCGGCAACAUGAGCGCCAUUGAUCCUGUGGAGAGGAAGGGACGCCUGUCCCCCGGCACUCUCCCACCCCUCCCGUACUCUUCACAGUCUGAAACAAGAAAACUCAUAAAUCUCACCAUUGAAAACCAGGCAUCCUUCAAGACUGUGCACAAUGUUAUUGGAUAUCUCAAAGGCAAGACCAAUCCAGAUCGAUAUGUACUGGUUGGCAGUCGUCAUGGCAGCUGGUACGAGGGUGCGUUGGCGGACUGGGGGAAAGGCUCUGCAGUCAUGACUCAGAUCAUUGCCUCCAUGACGGCUCAAACCCGUGCGGGCUGGCAGCCUGACCGCACCGUCGUCUUCUGCUCCUGGGGGGGAACCUCACUGGGCAACAUCGGCUCCUUUGAGUGGGGGAGGGAGAAUGCAGUGGUUCUUCAGAGCCGGGCAGUGGCUUAUGUCAGCCUGCACAAUCCCGUCAGAGCCUCUGGAUCCCUGCAGGCCACAGCGUCACCUUCCCUUCAGCAACUGGCAGCUGAAACCCAAAAGAGACAUUCGACGAGCUGCAGCAGAGGAAGUGGUUGUCCUGGUCCGAAUGUCAGCUCGCUGCAGACAUCUGGAGAUUUGAGCUUUUUCUCCAGUCUUGCUGUCCCCACAGUGGAGUUCACAUACUCAGAGUACCCUAAAACAGAGAGAGCGUUUUUUCUCACUGAGGCCUUUUUCCCUCCCGGGUCUUUAUUAAGAGAGACCUUGGAUCCAGCCUUCAAACUCCAUGAGACUAUUGCCAAGAUCACAGCCGAGGCCAUCCUGCGACUUGCUACGGAUCCCGUUCUUCCAUUUUACCCUUUGGAUAUCGCUCUUGAUGUUCAGAACAAACUCAAAGAUGACCCACUGUGCCGGCAGGACCUGCUCAAUGUGGCUGCAUCUUUGAGAGACAACUCAGCAUUCUUCCAAUCUGAGGUCAUGCGUCCUGCCAAUGACCCCAAAGAGAGAGAUCCCGCCCACGUACGCAUGCUCAACGACGUCCUACGAGACCUGGAAAAAAGCUUCCUUAUCCCAAACCCACCUCUUGGCUUUUACAGGAACAUUCUCUAUUGCUUGAGCAGACAAUCUCCACGCUUCUCAAUCCUGAAGGAUGCCCUGGAAGUCCCCUGGCACAACAGCGUCAACCAGUCCCUGACUCUGGUAACCAGUGCCAUCAGUUCAGCAGACAAACUCAUAGAAAGUGGACUUGACCUGUUUGAGAAUGAAAAUGACAUCCCGCAAUGACAUCUGAAAAGAGAACACACCUUACGGCGUCAGAAUAUGACACAAUCCUGAGAUCCCCUGGUCGACACAGAGGUUUCAAAGGGAUCUGAAGACACUUUGAGAAAUAGAGGGUAUCGUUAUUAAGUGCACUAUUAACCUGAGGUUCACUUGAGGAGUUUCUUCAGGCCAAUACUAAGUUAUUGUUUUUGUUCCUCUAAUGAUGUUCAAAAAUGGAUCUAGAAAGAUUGAUGACAAAAGAGUCAGGGAGCUCGCAGGGUCGAGACUUUUUGUUCUGAGGAAAAAUACCAGCAGGUUUAUCACUUAUAUUUCCAAUCACACAAACCCAAGAGGACGACUGGAGGUCAGGACUCAAAGCAGGUUCAACUUGAUGUUUGAAACACAUUUCAAAAUGUUUUUAGGAUAUAUGUUUUUUGGUUAAUAAUACUAAGAAGAGUCCACCAUUUUUUUUCAAAUGACAAGCAAUGGCCUUUGAAUAAGGAGAAAUGCUGUGACUCGAAAUCAACGAGUCAGAUGUGAUAAUGCAGAAUAUGCUAAUGUCCUAAUACUGAUACUGUCUGAUUGAAAAGAGAAAGCUGAAAGGAAGUUACUGUGACAGUCUCUCAGGGGUGUUUGUUUCAGAAUCUGUAGAAAAAAUAGGAACUGCAGGUAAACCAAUUUAAAGUUGAACUAAGAGAGCUUGAGUCAACAAACCAAGAAUUCAGGGUAAUGAUUGUUCUGAUACAAAAAAAAAGCAUUUAGGCAAUACAGUAGUGGUAUAGUUUGUAAUGUACUAAUAGCUUUGUAUAUGAAAGUAGUCAUAGUAUUUUAGUUUAUAGGUCAUAAAUUCAAGGUGAACAGAGGCAAGUCUUUAAGAGGGCUGAAUUGAGUUUACAAUUUGAUUGGGUGACAUUAGACCAAUGAGGAGCCAUGAUGGCAAAUAUAUAAGCUACACAAACAGUGCAGGUGUAUGAUGUCGUAAUGGACUGUCAUGGUAAUGUCAAGUUAACGUCUUUUAUAUUCUGGAGGCCAGUGUAUUUGUUCUCAGCAUUUGCACUAAUGUUGUUUUCCUCUGGCAACUAUUUGGGGGGAAUUAGGAUAAAACUAAUAUCUUCCCUUUUACUUUAGGUACUUAACUUUUAAAUUUCUCCAAAUGCUUAGAUGAUAAAACAAACUGAGGCCUGAGGGUUAGUAUAUUUUCAGCAUGUUUUUCCUUUUUUUGGUGAACAAUUCCUAAGCUAGAAAAACAGCUUAAUUAGAAACACAAAAUUCAGGGAAUCUAGUUUGACCCAGCUUUAAUUUAUUGACGUGCCUUCGAAUGAGUCACACAUACUUUUAGAGCAGCAAUUUGCACUCAGAUAUUUAAAUACCAAACAUUUAACAAAAUAUCUUGUACUGUGGUUGUUUUUAUUUAAAAUGUUUCAUUUGUCAAGUAAUCAUUUGAAGAACUUUUGCUGUUUUCUUUCUGCCAUUUUAUUGUUUCUUAUCUGUUUACUAACCCCCUGAAACAUUUUUUAGAGAGCACCCAUUUAAAACUGUGUUUUAUUUUUCCAGAGUCAGCGUUUCCUUGAUAAUUAUGACAAGCCUUUUAAACAGAUACUGCAUUUGGAGAAAUGCUGUGGACCCAUCUACUGCUGGUUUACUACGCUAAACAACCCAGUCCAGCUCAUUUGCACUGCACUAAAAUGAACUGUUAAACUGUCACCCUGCCUGUGUGUUUGUACAGUAUGUGUGCCGUUGUAUUUAUUUUAUUUUCUAAAUAAUUAUGUAAAUACAUUUAAUUUAACCUGGCAUAUUUUUUUCUGUUGACCCCAGAGAAUUUUCAGGUCCAGUUGUGUUGUGCAUUGCAGUCAUUUGUAUGAAUUUUAUAUCAUGUGAAAUCUCUCUAAAACUGCAGCUGCAAAGAUGCAUGAAGUGUUUUUAUGCAGAUUAGGAUAAAGAAGUCAGACAAGAGUUUAGAUUUAGAAUAGUAGGCUAUUAAUUCUCAUCGCUAGAAUAAAGUGUCAGGCAAUGAAAUUGCACAGUAAUUUUUUCUCAGUGUAACAACUCAAGCAAACAUAUACAAGACACAAAGCUGUCAUUGGGAUGGUACCAUAAAGUAAAGUAAAAAACCUUAUUUACCCCUAAAUGGUGCAUAUAAGUACAUUCUAGUACUACAACCCUAGUGACAAGUUUUGCACCCUUUUUCAUUAAGUAAACCCAGAUAGGGUGAUCAGGACUCCUACACAAAUCAGAAGGGGUUUAUUUUGCAAAAACAGCCAUUGGACUAUGUGUUAUCUCACCUAUUAUGCUGCCGCUCACCAAAUAAAUUAAUGAAUAUGUCUAUUUUUAACAAUAAUGAAGUAAUCUGAUGUCAUUUUCAAUACAAUUGAUAACUGAGACAAGAUGGUGGAGUUGUGCUUUCAUAGAACAAGAAAGUAACACUGGUUUCAGUUAAGGUGUAGUCACAUAUCGUUGUUUGACAAAUGCUUGGGAGUGAAAUCUAAUCAAUUCCAUAGGAAUCCGUCCGACUUGGAAUUUUGUGUUGGGGGGGAAAGUUUCUCCACAUACAGUAAAUUUUGCAGUUUUUCAUUCAUAUUCGUAAAGUGGAGAACAUUUUCGCCUUCCCACACACAAAAAAAAAAAUUCUAGAUCAUGUUGAUUCUGAUUGAAAAGACAUGAAAAUUUGCCAAGCAAUGGUAAAUUUUCACUUUUGCUUGAAUGAGCGGUUUAAUAAACAUAGAGAGUUCUUAUAUAGGCGACGACAAAAUAUCUAAACCGCUAAAUGCCCCAACUGACCAAUCAGAAACGAGUAUUUUAGAAAGCCAUGUACUGAAUACAUAUGUAGAGUAGAUCUGUAAACAGUUUUUUCCAGUAUUUUUUUUUCCAUGGCAUAACGUUAUAUAAGUAUUGUUGUAAAUGCAGUGCAUGCUAAAUCACUCUUGUAAAUUGGAUGUCAAAGCUUGAGAACACCCGGUGUGGAGAGCAUCACUCCUGAACAUAAUUCAUACAGUGUGUUUGGUGACACAUACUAAAUGACAUUUUAGUGCAUUUAAUGUCCGAUACUAAAUGACAUUUAUGUUUAGUCUCAAUGGUCCACAGAGGUUGAAUCCAGACAUUUUGUAUAGCCAGUGGGGCAUUAAAUAUAAUUGUGUUGUCUUUAGUUUGAUGUCUCGUGGACCCACAUGGGUCAGAAAACACUUAAUGGAUGGACAAUGUGAACACGCUGUCGCCGUUUAAACGGGUGGAAGGUUUUAUUUAAUUCACGGUAUGUUGGAGAAAGGAAUAUUUAAAAAGAGAAGCGAUAUAAUGUGAUAUUCAAAAUGCACUUAACUGUAAUAAGGGUAGAGAGGAUUUCAGAUGCAUGUGAUUUUUUUCUUCUGCUUGAUUUGUAUGCGACUGAACAUAAACUGAUCCUAAGGCAAUAAAUACCAGUGCUGGAAAAACAUCUGUUGGAUCAUCAAUCUCAUUUAAUUUUUAACUGAAAGACUGUUUCAUAACCCAUAUAAUGAUAACCUGCCCUUUUCUGUCAAGUAUAGAUGCAUUACAAGUGAUUCUGA